UCAGCAGCUCCCUCUACCACCACCUACUUGUAUAUUACCUCAACCAAACCUCAAAACCAACCAGAGAAGCAAAACCAAACACCCACCCUUUCUCUUCUCUCUCUCUCUCUUCAACAAUGGAGGCCAAGAUUGAUCAACAAGAAUUCAUUUUCCGCUCCAAGCUCCCAGAUAUCUACAUCCCAAAUCACCUUCCUUUACACACAUAUUGCUUCGAAAAAGUUUCCCAAUUCAAAGACAAUCCUUGCUUGAUCAAUGGCGCUACUGGCGAUAUCUACACUUACGCCGAUGUUGAACUCAUAUCAAGAAAAGUCGCCGCCGGCCUCGACAAGUUAGGUAUCCAACAAGGCGAUGUUAUAAUGCUUUUGCUCCAAAACUCUCAAGAAUUUGUGUUUGCAUUUCUUGGUGCAUCAUAUCGCGGUGCUAUUAGCACAACUGCCAAUCCUUUUUACACUCCGGCGGAGAUCGCGAAACAAGCAACUGCAUCGAAGGCGAAGUUGAUAGUAACACAAGCAGCUUACGCUGAGAAAGUGAAGCAAUUCGCUAAAGAAAAUGAUAUCAAGAUAAUGACAACUGAUUCACCACCAGACGGUUGUUUACACUUCUCAGAAUUGACAGAAGCCGAUGAGAAUAAUAUCCCCGCAGUCAAUAUCAACCCCGACGAUGUGGUGGCCCUUCCAUAUUCAUCGGGGACCACAGGUCUGCCUAAAGGUGUUAUGUUAACUCAUAAAGGACUUGUCACAAGCGUGGCACAACAAGUUGACGGAGAUAACCCAAAUCUUUAUUUUCAUGAGAAGGAUGUGAUUCUUUGUGUCUUGCCAUUGUUUCACAUCUAUUCUCUAAAUUCAGUGUUGCUUUGUGGGCUGAGAGUUGGUGCUGCAAUUUUAAUCAUGCAAAAGUUCGAGAUCAUUGCAUUAAUGGAGCUUGUACAAAAAUAUAAGGUGACAAUAGCUCCGUUCGUGCCUCCGAUCGUCCUGGCAAUUGCAAAGAGUCCAGUGGUUGAUGAGUAUGAUCUUUCUUCUAUUCGGACGGUGAUGUCCGGUGCAGCUCCGAUGGGAAAGGAGCUAGAGGAUACUGUGAGGGCUAAGCUUCCAAAUGCAAAACUUGGACAGGGCUACGGAAUGACAGAGGCAGGACCAGUGUUAUCAAUGUGUCUGGCAUUUGCAAAGGAACCUUUCGAGAUCAAAUCCGGCGCCUGUGGGACCGUCGUGAGAAACGCCGAGAUGAAGAUCGUCGACCCCGAAACCGGCAACUCGUUGCCCCGAAAUCAGACCGGAGAGAUUUGCAUUAGGGGUAGUCAAAUCAUGAAAGGUUAUCUGAAUGAUCCAGAGGCCACAGUUAACACCAUAGACAAAGAGGGAUGGUUGCAUACAGGUGAUGUAGGGUAUAUUGAUGAUGAUGAUGAGCUCUUCAUCGUUGAUCGAUUAAAAGAGUUGAUCAAGUACAAAGGCUUCCAGGUCGCCCCAGCCGAACUCGAAGCAAUGUUGAUUGCCCAUCCCAGCAUCUCUGAUGCUGCUGUUGUACCCAUGAAAGAUGAGGCUGCGGGUGAGGUUCCUGUUGCAUUUGUGGUGCGAUCGAACGGUUGUAAGGUCACUGAGGAUGAGAUUAAACAAUACAUUUCAAAACAGGUUAUAUUUUACAAGAGAAUCAAUCGAGUGUUCUUCACAGAAGCAAUUCCAAAAGCUCCAUCAGGAAAAAUCUUGAGAAAAGACUUACGAGCAAAGCUUAUUGCUGGUGUUCCCAAUUAGUAUCAAAGCAUACGCAAUCAGCUGUAGACCAAAGAAAAGGCAAAAUGAAUGUAAUUAAUUGUACUUUCUAUUGCUUAAUUAUUGCCCUUCAAGAGAGUAAUUGAUUCAUAAUCAUAUGUAUUAUUGAACUUUUAAUGCAUGGCUUUCAGUGAUGAUAAAUAUUUUGUUGUUCUUCCAAA